CACAAAAACAUAAAAAACACGGGAUUUUUUUGGAAACAAGAGUUUGUCACUCUUUUUAAUUUGAUUUAAUCAAAAAAUGGUCAUUGCAAUCGGCUUUGAAGGAAGCGCAAACAAAAUAGGAGUUGGAAUCGUUCGGGACGGUGAAGUGCUUGCCAAUGAACGUGAAACAUAUAUCACCCCACCCGGGGAAGGUUUCCUUCCCAAGGAGACAGCGCAACAUCACCGGUCGAAAAUUCACGACAUUUUGAAGCGGGCGCUAGCCGUUUCCGGUAUAACGCCUCAGGAGAUCGAUGUGGUCUGCUACACCAAAGGACCGGGUAUGGCCCCACCCCUGCUGGCGGUAGCCAUCGUCGCCCGUACCAUUGCCCAGAUUUGGAACAAACCGAUCCUGGGGGUAAACCACUGCAUCGGUCACAUCGAGAUGGGUCGGUUAAUUACCAAAGCUCAAAAUCCAACGGUUCUGUACGUGAGUGGCGGGAACACCCAGAUCAUUUCCUACGCCUGUAAGCGGUACCGGAUUUUCGGGGAAACGAUCGAUAUCGCCAUCGGGAACUGUUUGGAUCGUUUUGCUCGGAUCAUCAAGCUGUCCAACGACCCCAGUCCCGGUUACAACAUUGAGCAGAUGGCCAAGAAGGGUACCAAGUACCUGGCGCUUCCCUAUUCGGUAAAGGGCAUGGACGUUAGCUUUUCCGGAAUAUUGUCCUUUAUCGAACAGAAGGCUCGGCCAAAGGGGAAACAGCAAAAACGACGUCAGGAGGACGAGAAGUGGUCCGACGAGGAUUUGUGCUUCUCCCUACAGGAAACGCUGUUUGCCAUGCUGGUGGAAACGACGGAGCGUGCCAUGGCGCAUUGCGGGUCCAGUGAGGUCCUGAUUGUGGGAGGAGUGGGCUGUAACGAACGGCUUCAGGAGAUGAUGGGCAUCAUGUGCCAAGAACGGGGAGCCAAGCUGUUUGCCACGGACGAGAGGUUCUGCAUCGACAACGGGGUAAUGAUUGCCCAUGCCGGAUGGGAGAUGUUCCGUAGUGGGACUAGAAUGGCUUGGAAGGAAGCGACCGUUACGCAACGUUACAGAACCGAUGAAGUGCUAGUCACCUGGAGAGAUGACUGAUGAGCGCGGUAAGUAUUCUGAUAUUUACUUUAAAAUUGUUUACCAAAAGUAUAAAAAGCGUUGUUAAUGGAAAGAAAGUUUAUUGAUAAAAGCACAGUGAAACAAAAAUGAACUUU